AUGGUCUUUGUGAACGGCCAGCGUGUGGGCGUGAUCGACAGGAUCUACGAGACGCCCGCGACGGUGCAAGUGUCCCUGCAAAAAGGGAGAUGUGCUGCAGCUGCUGGCAUCGUCGGCAACGUCACUGUCGGGGGGACCGUCCUGACCAACUGGGCCAUGCACUCUCUGCAGCUGGACGAGCUGCCCAUCAGUGUUUUAGCUCCAGCUGCACCACCCUCCAACACCAGUGCUAACAUCCCCCCGCUCUUCUACCGCGGCUUAUUCCAAGUCGACAACGCCGAGGGCAAGCCCGCGCUCAACCUGGACACCUUCCUCUCCCUGCCGGACGGCGUCAAGGGCGUAGUCUGGGUGAACGGGCACAAGCUGGGCCGGUACUGGCGCAUCGGGCCGCAGCAGAGCCUUUGA